AUGGUGUGCAAGCUGGACAAGGCGAUCUACGGUCUCAGACAGGCUGCGAGUGCAUGGAACAAGACGAUUCAUGCGGUUUUCCUGGCCAUGGGAUUUCAAAGUAGCGGAGCGGAUCAGUGCGUUUACGUCAAGGUUGAAAACGGCAAAUAUGUCUACGUGUGUCUCUACGUCGACGAUAUGAUUGUUGCCGCCAAGACGAACAAGGAAAUUGAGGAUGUGAAGGCAGCUCUCAAGAAAUCGUUCAAGAUGAAGGAGCUGGGCACGGCUAAAUUCAUUCUUGGUAUGGAGAUCGACCAUGACCGCAACGGCAAUACACUUAUGAUUCGACUCGAUACAUCGAUGACGUGGUAA